GAAAUAUUGAACCUCUAUGCACAGGCUCAUCCCUUUUCCCUGGUAAAUAUGCGGGUUUUCCUCGGCCCCACCAAACCCGAAUCUCUGAUCAGCUUCAUAGUAGUCUCUUCUUCAUUCUGUGCUGUUUUUCUACUCGUGUCGAUACUACUGCUACGCACUGGUGAUCUGGUCGAUGUCCGUUCUUCAUCAGAAUAUGUAUCUGCGCCGACCACUCUCCAUCAUGUCGUUUUUGGUCUCGCUGCCACCAUGCGUUCAUGGCCUGAGCGGAAGGACAAUGUCAGGCUAUGGUGGAAACCCGGUCAAGCGAGAGGAUGUGUGUUCGUUGACAGCCUUCCUCCUCUUGAACACCGUACCAACAACGAUACUUCUGAUCUCCUUCCUCUCUGCGUCUCCCAAGAUACUUCUCGUUUUCGUUACACUUACAGGGGUGGUCUCCGAUCAGCAAUUCGAGUGGCACGCGUUGUUGCAGAGACUGUGGCUCUGAAUCAUUCUAAUGUGAGGUGGUAUGUGUUUGGGGACGAUGACACAAUUUUCUUUCCCGAGAAUUUGGUCAAAACACUGUCAAAAUAUGAUCAUCGGCUUUGGUACUAUGUCGGCACCCACUCCGAGAUUUAUGAACAGAAUCGUUUGUAUGGUUUUGGAACGGCUUUUGGCGGAGCAGGCUUCGCAAUCAGUUCCUCUCUCGGAAAAGUUUUAGCGAAGGUUUUUGAUUCUUGUAUAGAAAGAUAUCCCCAUCUCUAUGGAAGUGACGGGAGGGUCUCCUCUUGCAUCACAGAGCUUGGCGUGGGCUUAACAAAGGAGCCCGGAUUUCAUCAGGUUGAUUUGCGGGGAAAUCUCUUUGGUCUAUUGGCCGCACAUCCGGUGACUCCCUUGCUAUCCUUGCAUCAUUUGGAUCACACAGAUCCGAUAUUUCCCAACAUGACCAGAAAACAAGCUCUGCAUCAUUUAUUUAGAGCCGUGAAUGUUGAUUCCCAGAGGAUUUUACAGCGCACAGUUUGUUAUGACAGGUGGUUUUCAUGGACGAUUUCAGUGUCAUGGGGCUAUGCUGUUCAGGUGUUCCCGAAUCACAUGUUUCUUCCAGAUGCUCUGAACGUUCAACCAACGUUCAGGCAGUGGAAUAGGAGAAAUGUUUUGUCAGGAGUAUAUACUUUCAACACCAGAGAACUUCACCCCGAUCCGUGCAGAAGACCCACCAUUUUCUACUUUGACAGUGUGUCUUCUGGUAAGGAUGGCAGAAUCAUCACCCGUUAUAAGAAAUCCUUUCAAAACUGCUCUUAUGAUGCAGCGUCGCCCAGGAAACUGGAAAAGAUCACAGUUUUAACGAAUAAACUCGACCUUGACGUCAAACAGUUGCAGGCUCAUAGAAGGCAAUGUUGUGAUGUGUUGCGGUCUAGCCCUCGUGAUUUAAUGGAGAUUGCAAUCAGAGACUGGAAAGACGAGGAAUUGAUCUAUAUGCACUGAUGUACCGUAACAGAAGUAUAUCGAAAAACCGUUUUUUUUUUUUUGUUGCAUGCUCAGGGUUAAAGGACAUCAUUGCGGAGAGAUGGUUAUAAUCUAAAGUUCGAAUUUUUACAGAUACAGGUAUAAAGUUGAAGUUUAAAGUCAUUAAAGAAGCCAGGGAAAAGAAAGAUGACGAACGAAUAAGAAACCAUGUGAAAAUGCUUUAUUUGUACUCAAACGUUUGUUUAUUUUUAGAGCAUGCGUAAAUAUUCGGCAAUGUAGCUGUUAGUUAAGGCAGCGUGAUUCUGAUAUUUUUAUUCUGAUCAUGUGUCGCCGCAUUACGUGAACCCAAGACGGUUGGCGGGUUACUCCAGUAAAGCUUUGUGUGAUUUUUCUCUAGGGGUAACAAAUUGACCAACAACACCACAUUUUAUAAAUCACUCAUUUAAAUUAUAUUCUCAUUUCCUCUUCUAGAUAAAUA